AUGCAGAAGUUUCAGAGCCACGCGCCCACGCUUACAAUCCGUGAAACUUCAACGACCAAAGAGACAAUUUUUGGGGCCUUAAGAUCAGAAGAAGAGAGCCUUAAAAUCAUAGAUAUGGCUCGAAUGAAUGUUUUACCCCGAGUAACGUCCCGUUUGACUGAGGAAGAGAGGCUUAUGAUUCGGCCCGGCAGUAUUUAUGUCUAUGAGGAGGAUGAGAGCGGGAUUUCGCGUUGGACAGACGGCAAGAUGUGGUCCUCGUCCAAAAUAUACGGCCGCUGCCUGAUUUAUUACCAGUUAGAGGCCCCGGAGAACAAGCAGGCGUUGGAAUCAGCAAGAAGCGCCACUACCAUAGAAGAGAUUCUUCAUGCAGGCAGACAAGCUAUUUCUAAUGAGGACGCACCGGUCAAGCGGGAGUCCACUAGGGACCCAUCUGGGCUGAUAAAGAUGACUAUUUCUUUAACAUACCAAAAGAAAGUCUAUCAUCUAAUUGCCUAUACAACCACUAAGUUCAUGCGAGAGUCCCAGCGCCUGCCGCUAUGGGAAAUGGUGGAUGCCUGGAAGGUUCCACCCAAUCUUCAGCUAAGAAUGGCCUAUCGCCGCAAAAGAGCCUCGCUUCAAGAGAUAGAUCGACCUGAAAUACCAAAUGCCUCUCCUCGCCGACAAGAUAAGGAUCCGCGCCGAACUCGAUCCUGCCCCAACCUGCUUUCAGUUGAGACUCCCAGCUACUCGAGCAGCAAAAAAGCCCAAGAUAUUCUCAAGCUAGAUCUUGAUCUCGACUCCCGGUUCUUCAAUAACACGCAUCUUCUUAAUACACACCUCAGUGUAUCCGAUGGCUUUAAUCCCGCCAGUACUUUCAAUAUACCCAGCAACACCAACCCAACUGAUAAUCUCACCCCAACCAACAACAUCAACUUAUCUUUCUCCUGGGAGAGUGAGAACUACUUCAUCUAA